ACAAGCAGCCAAACACCGGAAAAACAAAAACCUCUUAUCCCCAAAAUCUUUCAAAAUAUUCUUGAAAUCGCCUAUCUGGACCUCCAUUGAUUAUGGUUUCUGGGUAAAACAAAGAACAUAGAAAAAAACACACCAAAUCCCACCAUAAUUACACACACACACAUAAAAACACAUACAUACAAGAAAUCUAUGAUGGCAAACAUGAUGUCAUUCAAGUUAUCUUCUUUCUCAACCAGUUUUGCGCCAACACUUUCAUUUUCUUCAAAGAAAUUAUAUCUUCCCAUGAAGUUUUCUCCUCGCAGGCCUACAUUUCCAAGAAUAUAUGCAUUUUCUAGUAAUGAUAUUAAAGUGGGUUCCAAUAUUGAGGUUGAUGGGACUCCUUGGAAAGUUAUAGAGUUUCUUCAUGUGAAGCCUGGUAAAGGGGCUGCUUAUGUGAGGACUACACUACGGAAUCAUAUCACAGGAAACUCUGUUGAGAAAACUUUCCGGGCUGGAAGCAAGAUUGAACAAGCUGAGAUAUCUAAGGAGACAAAGCAAUUCACCUACAAGGACGGUACACAGUUUGUUUUCAUGGAUCUGACUUCAUAUGAGGAAGUCCGUCUUAACGAGUCAGAUAUGGGAGAUAAAACGAAAUGGCUAAAAGAAGGCAUGGAUUGCAAUUUGCUAUUUUGGAAGGGCAAGGUUAUCGAUUUUGAGCUCCCAAUACAAGUUAAGGUGAAAAUCACAGACGUUGAUCCUGGCUUGAAAGGUGACACGGCUCAAGGUGGAACAAAGCCAGCCACUGUGGAAACCGGUGCUGUUGUGAAUGUCCCUUUGUUUGUAGAGAGAGGUUCAGAAAUAAUAGUGGAUACCAGGACUGGGCAGUACGUGAGUCGUGUAUGAGUCGCCAUGAAUGUGCCUUCAAACAGGUCUUUUGCAGUACAUUUUUGAUCAACCAUGUCUGUACAAGACUUUAUUGUAGCUUUAGAUUUUAGAAGGCAUGUUAGUAGUUUUGGUGUAAAAGAGGUAUGAUAUACAUAUUGUAUGAAUCAUGAAUGUAUACUCUUCAAGUUACAUGAAAGCAACUUGUAUUACAGAAA